AUGAGAGAUAGAUUUUCUUCCAGGUAUGGUGGUCUGAAGAGGGAUGGUAAUCACCAACGGAGUAGAAAUAUCUUUUCAUUCGCGGCCUUAAAGUUUGGUAGGCAACGAACUCGAAGAAUUCCAGGAUCAGAAAUGAGAAACUACAGCCCCAGCUUGCUGUUCGUCGUGUUCCUCUUCUCCGCGGCGGUGCUCUUAUGGAUUUUCGACAAUUUUUCCGGCUCCGCAGAGUUGUCCCGGAGCCGAACUCUGGGAUCAAUUUUUCGCAUCACCAACAACUACAACGUCAGCGACACUUGCAGAAGCAGGAUCGAGUACGCUUCCUACAGCCGCCAACGAUCGACAAGCUUCAAGCCAUCCGAGUCACUCCACCGCAAAAUCCUCGAGUACGAGGCCUUACACGCGAGGUGCUAUCCGGGCCCUGAGCAGUGCUCGAACUGUACAUGCAACUAUCUCCUCUACGUCACCGCCGGCCAGGGGAUGGGCAACAAGAUGAUAGCUCUGGUGGCAACUUUUCUCUACGGGCUGCUCACGGACAGGACAAUGGUGAUCGCCGGAUUGGAGAACUUGGCCACGCUCUUCUGCGAGCCGUUUCCAUUCAGCUCCUGGCUGGUGCCGCCGAGCUGGAAGCACCUCGAGGGGGCGCCGUUUGACGGCUCGAAGUGGAUCGGAAGCUUGGUGGGAUCUCUCAACUGCAGCCACGGUGUAAAUUUCCCCGAGGUGGUGGUGGCCUAUCUCGUGAGCAACUACAGGGACGAGGACAAGGCCUUCUUCUGCAAAGAACACCAGCAAGCGCUCCAGUCCAGCUCGAAGUGGAUCGUUCUCUCGUCCGACCAGUACUUUGCUCCGGCGCUCUACAACGUCCCGGUUUUCAGGAGCAAGCUCGAGGAAUGGUUUCCACAGGAGGAGGCCAUCUUUCAUCUCCUGGUGAGGUACCUCUUGCAUCCCAGGGACGUGGUGUGGGACAGGACGGCCAGAUACUAUGAUGCGUACCUGGCCCAAGCCGAGCUUCUAGUCGGGGUCCAGCUGCGAACUAGCAGCUGGUUCGCGCCAUCCGACCUCGCCAACGAUGCCUUCGACUGCCUGGUGCAACAAGGCGCGCUCGCGAACAUCACCCAAGCGCGAGCUCCCAGAUCGUCGCCGAGGAAGAGCAAGAAGGUGGCGGUGCUUGUGCUGUCGCUGGAUGCGCAGUACUCGCAGACGCUCAAGAACAAGGUGCUGGGCUACGAUCUGGAAGAUGGUUCGUCGGUUUCGAUCCACCAGCCAAGCGUGGAAGGGGUGCAAAACACCGGGAACCUGGAUCACGAUGCAAAGGCAGUGAUGGAGAUCUAUCUGUUGUCAAUGAGCGACGUGUUGGUGACGAGCCCGCCAUCAACUUUUGGAUACUCGGCGGUGGGGCUGGCGGGCGUGCGGCCCGUCCAGUUUGCGUGCUCGGGGGCCGGCUGCUCGGUGAGGGAGUCGAUGGAGCCGUGCUACCACACGUACCCGGAUCAGCAAUUCAUGCUGGACAACAUCCAGCGAUGCGAGUGCGAAUUGGGAUACAGGCUAUAG